GGCCACACCCACCAGGAAGUAAACAGCACAUGACAUGUCAUGAGUACUCUGCUGUAUACGAACAGUUAGCGUUUUUGUUAGCAUAUUAAAAACUUAGCGAACAAAAGUGUCUGUUGUUCAAAUGGCCAGUUCUUUCCCGAGUGUACCCGAGCUCGUUGCGGGUGCUGUGCGCUUGUUCGGGCAGGUGUUCGGAGGAGAGGCUCCUCACAUGGCGGUGUGCGCCCCCGGAAGAGUCAACCUGAUCGGGGAGCACACCGACUACAACCAGGGCUUCGUGCUCCCGAUGGCGCUGCCCCUGGUGACCGUGGUGGUUGGAAGUCAAACCUCUAGCCCGGAUGUCACCGUGGUAACGGCGACUGAGGAUGCUGACGAGCCUCACAGGGUGGACUUCAGCCUACCCGGUGACGGGUCACCGCUUCCUCCAGGGUCACCCAGCUGGGCGAACUAUGUGAAGGGUGUUAUCCAGCAUUACCGGGCUCCACCUGUCCCAGGUUUUAGGGCGGUGAUAGUCAGCAGCGUCCCUCUGGGAGGAGGUUUGUCAAGCUCCGCCUCUCUGGAGGUGGCUUUCUACACAUUCCUGCAGCAGCUCAAGCCAGAUGACGGAGACAAGGUGUCCACAGCGGUGGCCUGCCAGAAGGCAGAACACACUCACGCCGGUGUGCCCUGUGGCAUAAUGGAUCAGUUUGUGUCUGUUCUCGGCAGGGAGGGCCAUGCUCUGCUCAUUGACUGCAGGUCGCUGGAGGCCACCCCCGUCCCUCUGGCAGAUCCAGGCUUGGUCAUUCUCAUCACCAACUCCAAUGUUAAGCACUCUCUGAGUGGCAGUGAGUACCCCAUGAGACGCAGCCGGUGUGAGGAGGCUGCCUCUAUCCUGGGAAAGGACAGUCUCAGAGAUGCCACCAUUAAGGACCUAGAGGAGGCAAGGGACAGACUGGAUGACGUAACCUAUCGGAGAGCUCGUCACGUGAUUGAGGAGAUAGAAAGAACCAUCCAGGCUGCUGAAGCCCUGAAGAAAGGAGCCUACAAAGAGUUUGGCGAGCUUAUGGUGGAAAGCCACAACUCCCUCAGAGACUUGUACGAGGUGAGCUGCAGGGAGCUGGACGAGCUGGUGUCCGCAGCCAUGGAGGUGAAGGGGGUGUUCGGCAGCCGGAUGACCGGCGGAGGAUUCGGCGGAUGCACCGUGACUUUGCUGCAGGCGCACGCCAUUGACAGGACUAUACUCCACAUCCAGGAGCGAUACAGUGGAACCCCAACAUUCUAUGUCACAACUCCUUCAGAGGGAGCUCGGGCUCUCAGUCUGCCCUGACCUUCUGUAUAGCAGAUUCCUUCCUCUUCAUGGGCGUUUUCAUUUCCCUUCAAUUUUUCACUUGUUCAAAUUAAACUGUCGUGUUGUUAUGGACACAAGCUGAUUGAGGAGCACUCUGUUAAUGUGCCUUCGCAGUAAAUCAUUGUUUUACCUGUUCUGCAGCAAACAGCCGACAGACACAGUUAGAGAUCAGCUGGUGGAACAUUGGUUGGUGGAGCCAACUCGCCAGUCUGCAAUGGGGGGAGACUGAAUAUCUUGCUAACAUUCAUCUGACGGACACAAACCUGUUGAUAAUGUGUGCCGGAUGUGUAAAUAUGAAAUUGCAUGUGUACACAUUAGCCAUGAUAACUUUUUACAGCAAUAAAAUAUAAGAACUCUGUGUCCUUAGUGGCCAAGAAUGACGUAGCUUUAAAGGCCCGGCACACUCUGUGUUUUUAAUUAUUCAGACUAAUUAGACUUCUGCUUUUCUGCUUAAUAAUGGCAGAGCUAUGAGGAGAAUUGAGUUAUGACAAUACAUUUAAUAUUUGAAUAAAACUGAUAUACUGCAGGGGUAGACACGGUCACAGUCAUGCCUAAGAAAAAGUCUAAUCAGGCAGAAUAAGUGAAAACAUAUAUUAAUGAAGCUGCUGAUGUUUUUACAUUUGUUGCGCUUUUUGUUUUCAAGGUUAUACCAGACGUCUUUUUAUCAAUUAAUUCUGCUCAUCUCUGCCUGCUACUAUUUAAAAUGAAGCAAUCAAAAAAUAUUCUGUAAUUUACAUGUGUGGGAAUACACAGGAUUUUAAAGCAUUUGGUAUCUUAAUUGAAAUAAAAAAAUUAACAACAUU